CGAUAACGGAGCCAGGGAACAGGUGACGACAUCGUUGUCAUACUCGUGAUUUCAUAACACGCCAUUUUCUUUGUGUAAAGUGCUGAAGAGGAGGAUUUUCACCGUCGUAUUUUGUACCGAGUCCGGGUAACGUAUACAAUGUUUAACGUCUUGGUUGUGCAUUGAACGACGCUCACCACUCGUCUAUCGUUUAUCACGUAUUUUACUUCGCAACCGUUCGUCAAAAAAAUGGCAUCUCGCAAGAAAGUGUUGUUGAAAGUCAUUAUUCUUGGGGACUCAGGAGUCGGAAAAACUUCUUUGAUGAAUCAGUAUGUUAAUAAGAAGUUUAGUAACCAAUAUAAAGCAACGAUAGGGGCAGAUUUCCUGACUAAGGAAGUGAUGGUGGAAGAUAGAAUAGUUACUAUGCAGAUUUGGGAUACCGCCGGACAAGAGAGGUUUCAAUCAUUAGGAGUGGCAUUUUAUCGUGGCGCAGACUGUUGUGUACUAGUAUUUGAUGUGUCUGCCCCUACUAGCUUCAAAUCUCUUGAUUCAUGGAGAGAUGAAUUCUUGAUUCAAGCUUCACCUCGAGAUCCAGACAACUUUCCAUUUGUUGUUCUCGGAAAUAAAGUAGAUCUUGAGUCAAGAGCAGUAUCAAGCAAGAGAGCACAACAAUGGUGUCAGUCGAAGAACAAUAUUCCAUACUUCGAAACUAGUGCAAAAGAAGCUAUUAAUGUUGAGCAAGCUUUUCAAACGAUAGCUAAAAAUGCUUUAGCUCAAGAAAGCGAAGUCGAACUUUACAAUGAAUUCCCGGAUCAAAUUAAAUUGACUAAUGACCAAAGAAGCAAUGGCAAAGGUGAUUCAUGUGCUUGCUAGGUCCUGGAAUAGUGGUAAUCUUGGUUGACUAUAAGAUGCACAGGUCAGAUUGUACAUUCGUGUGCCUGCGCAUAAAGGACAUGGAGAAUAUAUUGCGAUGAGCUUUAUGUGUGCAGGAAGUCACAAAAAUAUAUUUCUUUAUCUUAAUGUAUCAUACAAUCUCCUUAUGUCCACAAAAUAUCUCAAUAUUCUCAAAAAUAGUUCUGUUGAAACGGUCAUUAGCGCGUACGAUGAAAAUAACAAAGUAAAUCAUGCAUAAAGGAAUGUGUACAAAACUUGAUAUAUAAUUGUUUUUAUAAACAUGUGGGAGUAAGAUAUAUUUAUUCGACUUCCUGACUAAAUAUCGCAAAUUCUAAAUCAGUACGCUCUCGCUGGAUUUAACUUGUCAUACGUGGAUUCCCGUCUCUAUGUUAUUCUAUUAAUCAGAGGAUUUAUAUCAUUUUUAGGUAAUAUAACGCUCUCUUAUCGGCGAAGUAUAAUUCUUUUGUAUUUAGAUUCUUGAUUUAUGGGCAAUUGUUUUCGACGAUGUAUUGAGGUUUUUAAACGAUAGCGGCUAAUUUAUUGCACUAGAGAGAGGGAGAGAGAAAAAGAGAGAGGGGAUGAUAUAUGGCCGGGAACACGGUUAGCGAUACAGUUAGUAAAUUAUAAUAAAAGAAUUUGCUCAUAAUUUGUUAAGUACAAUUGCAUUUACAGAUGAGCUCUAGCACACAGCUUAUUCUCUUAGACAGAACCGAAUAUUUGCUCUGUGUAAAUGGUUCUUAUUACAUAGAACAAAAAUUAAGAUAAAGAUACAAUAAAAUGAUUAAGAUACUUUAUAGUAUAUCUUACACGAUCUAUUUUAACGAAUUCGAAAUUGAACACGGAUGUACGAUGUAAAUUCCUGGAACAUUUUUUUUCCGUUCAAUAUCUUCUAUUGAUAUGUGAUAUUGUUCAUACGGCUAGCCUAAUUGUGAAAAGAAAAAAAAAGUUCGUUGAAAAUAUAACUUAGAUAUUUUUUAUUCGCUCGGUUAAUUGUUUGUAACAUUCUUUCGAUAAAUAUUCUUUCGUUAAAUUCUUAAGCUUUUCUACAAAAUCCUAAGCUCCUCUUCUUCUGAGUUGAGAUUCUUGUACCGCGAUGCAUUGGUUUUUAAGAUUUUUUACUACUACAUAAGAUGAAUAAGAGAUUCAAGUGCGGUGAGUUAAUUGUCAAUUGUAUGAUCUACCGAGGAAUUUUAUGCAGACUAUAUUUUGUAAAUAAGACAGUGUGCGAUCCAUUUAGGACAAUUUAACGUUAUAAAAAAUGAAUCUUUAUAUCCUGAUAGCCAUAUCAGUAAGUAUGCGCUUAUAAUAUCUUAAUUCUAUUAUUAUAUAGUCCUUAUUAGAGCAGUAAUUAGUCCUAACGGCGUGUGAUAUUUAUUUUGAUGAGAGCGAGCUUUUACAUACAUGUUUAUGCAAAUACGAGAAUGUUUACAUAAUGCUGUAUUAAAAAGAACAUUUUUUGUAGUAAAACUAAUUGUGCACCCAUUAAGAGAUGCGUUGGAAGUUUUAAAAUUUUAUUUCCUAGAAAGAGGUAAGAAGUAAAAAUAAUUCUUAUAGUAAGGCAUAUAUAUAUAUAUAUAUAUAUGCAUCGCGGUACCGAUAAUUGUUAUUCAAUUUAUGAUUGUAAACCUUAUUUCCGACCAAUAUCCAGAUUGUAACUAGAUUUGCGAAACCGAUUUUGCUGGCUACUAAUACAUGUAUAAUCCUCCCCCCUCCCAUUUCCAAUUAAAGAUUAAGUCCAUCGGCGGUAUGAGGCAGUAUUCUAGGCACUUUCUAGCGAAAACAUUUCACAUUGAAAAUUAGUUUUCAUGCGAUCUUCUGCUAAUCUAAUUAACUUUACGCAUUUUGCGCAAGUGAUGAAUCUGAUUAAACGUUGAUUUAAAUCUUCACUAAGGGAAAGUUAAACUCAAUUACUCGCCAUUUUUGGGACAUCCAGUGUAUAUAACAUUUUCAUGCAGUGAAAAAAAUAACUUAGCGCGUAACAUAAAAAUGUGCAGAUUGGCCCAAAAAUCAUGCACUUUUUCUACUAUAGAAUAUUAUAGAUAAUGAAUAUAUAUACAUAUAAGAACAAGGAUACCAAUAGAAUUUAAAUAUUAAAUGAACAGUAUUUAAAUAUUUGAGUAAAUUAGCAAUUUAAAAAAUGCAAGCAGUAAAAUCUAAAAGGAUCUGAAUUUGAGCUACGCAAAGAUAUUAAUAUUAUGUGGAGGUAAAUGCAAAAGAAUAGGUAUAAAAGAUAACCAAGUUUUUAAUGAGAAAAAUAACUAUAUCUGUUAAAGAAUCUAUAGUAACAAAGUGCAUGAUUUCUUGAAUACUCAGUAUGCAUGAUGGUAAAACACACUUGCAACGUCAAAUGUACUUUCAUGAGUUUAUGCAUAUAUAUAUAUAUAUAUACAUAUGUAUGCACGUGUAUAUAAAUGAAGAUAAUCAUGACCACGACGAUUAUAAUUAAUGAUAUGUAUAAUUCUAUCGAAAUAUGUUAAUGAUAAAUAUAAUUAUAGAUAAUAUGAUUGUUA